ACGCAGGUGCCGGCCGGAGCGGAGCUAGCGGCGCUGAGGAGACCGGCCGGGCCGGGACCAGGGCCCGGGCAAGCGGAGGGGCCUGCGCGGCCGCCCGGCCCGGCCGCGGAUCAGGCUCCUGGGACCAUGGGCCUCGGGCGCUGAGGACGAGGGGCUCCCUGUGGCCAUGACGACGGGUGACUGCUGUCACCUCCCUGGCUCCCUGUGCGACUGCUCCGACAGCCCCGCCUUCUCCAAGGUCGUGGAGGCCACGGGCCUCGGGCCACCCCAGUAUGUGGCACAGGUGACUUCAAGGGACGGCCGGCUCCUCUCAACUGUCAUCCGGGCCUUGGACACACCGAGCGAUGGUCCAUUCUGCAGGAUCUGCCAUGAGGGAGCGAAUGGGGAGAGCUUGCUGUCUCCAUGUGGUUGCACCGGCACGCUGGGCGCCGUGCACAAGAGCUGUCUGGAGAGAUGGCUUUCCUCAUCCAAUACCAGCUACUGUGAGCUGUGCCACACGGAGUUUGCAGUGGAGAAGAGGCCCCGGCCCCUCACAGAGUGGCUGAAGGACCCAGGGCCUCGGACAGAGAAGAGGACACUGUGCUGCGACAUGGUGUGCUUCCUGUUCAUCACGCCUCUGGCCGCGAUCUCAGGCUGGCUGUGCCUGCGUGGGGCCCAGGACCACCUCAGGCUCCAUAGCCGGCUGGAGGCGGUGGGGCUCAUCGCCCUCACCAUCGCCCUCUUUACCAUCUACGUCCUCUGGACGCUGGUCUCAUUCCGCUACCAUUGCCAGCUGUACUCCGAGUGGAGAAGGACCAACCAGAAAGUACGCCUGAAGAUCCGGGCCACCGAUGGCCCCGAAGGCACUCAGCACUCCCCUCUGGCAGCUGGGCUCCUGAAGAAGGUGGCAGAGGAGACGCCUGUGUGAAGGCCGGGCUGGCAGGGCCAGAGGCAGCUGGCGAUGCCCUGGUGUUUGGAAGGACAGAAAUUGCCCGACGCUUCCGCACGGCUGGAAUGCUUCUUAGGCCAAGAGAUGCCAAAGUGGAGCUGAUUCCGUGAUUCCUGUGUGAAGCUAUUCUCAGAUCGUUUUGCACACUCUUACACACGAGGAGAACAGACGGACGUGGUCCCGAGCUUCGGAUGGAGCAGGCACCCUGAUCUCAUUCUGAGGUCUACCUGGCCCCUCCUGGGCCAGCAGCCAUGGCCAGAGGCGAGUCGCGGGCACCCAUUGAGCUGGGAGGUUCCGCAAGCUUCUUGCACUUUUCUGCACCUGGCAGGCUCACAUUCCCGGCACCCUCAACUUUAUAAAGUUGCACCGUGUUUCAAAACCCACCCCCCUACCCCACCCCACCCCCAAUGAAUAAAAGGAGCCCUUGCUGGUCAAAACGGA